AUGACACCGACUUUGAGAGGGUUCAUUUACAGCACUGUUUCAACAGAAGCGGUUUUAUGUUUAGUGCUGAGUGAGAAAAUUUACAUUGGACAACUGACUAUUAUAGUUCUGAGGUUGUUCACACAGAUUUAUUGUAUAAUUAUCUCCAAUUCAGCCUUCCUUUCCAUUGGUUCAAACUGGAAGGCAGAUGAAGAUCUGCCUCAAACGGGUGUCUCCAAGGCAUUGUUAUGUUUCAAUGAUAAAAAUACUAAUAGCAGCUGUGAGGAAACUUGCAGGUUUACUGCAAGUGGAAACCUAGACGUUCCCCUUGACUACAUUGAUAAAUAUUGCAUUGGAGCUUGCCUGUCACAGACACACCUAGUGCUCAACUGCAUAGAGAACAUCAUGGCCAUGGUUCAGGAUAUUAGAGACACAAUCCAAGCAGGAUGUGGCUAUGGUCCUGAAAGAGUCUGUGUUUGUGUCGGUAAUUUCAAUGUGGGAGAGCACAUUGAAUCUGAGAGAAGCAGUACAAACAAGGCAGCCACUCACAUUUUGUUUGGGACAGGGUGCAUGAUUAUCGGGCUCACUCAGUUACUGCAACAUUUCUCUUCUUUUUACCCCCUAACGGCGUCUUUCAAGAACACGAUCUCCACUUUGAUGCAAGUUUCAAGAGCCGCUUUAUGCCUUCUCUGGCGAUCAGGAACCCAUAUUUUCUAUAUUUCAUUGCUUCUUCUUUCACUCUUCUUCCUUUCCACAUCACUCAUCGAGCGUUCACCAACCGCAUUAGCCUCAGCUUUGGCCACUCGGCUUCGCUUUGCUGUAGACUACAUUUCUUCAUUCACUUCAGUUUCUUCUUCCAACACUUGCCUCGUCUCUGACUUGCAAAGUAACUCUCUUUCUUUGGUUAUCGCAGUCGAAAGAACUCAUGGGAAUUCUGUAAAAGAUGGAACUUAUGAGAUAAUAGACCUUAUUUCUUGUGAUAUCUUCAAUGGUAAUUGGGUCUUGGAUAAUUCUGACUCCGUUUACCUACCAGGGUCUUGUCCCUUUGUUGAUAAUUCUUUUAACUGCUUCAAGAAUGGCCGGGUUGAUUUGACUUACGUUACAUACUGAUGGAAGCCUUUUGAUUGUCAAAUUCCAAGGUUUGAUGGGAGGAAAAUGUUGGAAAUGUUGAGAAGGAAGAGACUGGUUUUCGUGGGUGAUUCUUUGAAUCGGAACAUGUGGGAGUCACUGGUCUGUGCAUUGAGAGAAUCAUUGAAAGAUAAGAGAAGAGUCUUUGAAGUUUCCAAUAGGAGUGAGUUCAGGAAACAAGGGUUCUAUUCUUUCAGAUUCAAAGAUUACAAGUGCUCAAUAGACUUCAUGAAAUCACCAUUCCUUGUGCAAGAAUGGAAAAUCUCUGAUAAAACUGGGACCAGAAGAGAGACACUGAGACUUGACAUGAUUCAGGGUUCUAAGUACAGGGAUGCUGAUAUAAUUGUUUUCAACACUGGUUAUUGGUGGACUCACCAGAAAACUGGCAAAGGCAAAAAUUACUUCCAGGAAAGCAGCCACGUCUAUAACAAAUUGGAAGUAAAAGAAGAAUGUACAAAGGCAUUGAGGACAUGGGCACAAGGGAUUGAUGCUAAAAUUGAUAGAAACCGCACCAGGGUCUUCUUUGCGGGAUACUCAGCUUCUCACUUCAGGAAAGGACAGUGGGAUACUGGUGGGCACUGUGAUGGUGAAACAAAACCUAUAGCAAAUGAGACAAGCCUAGCACCAUAUCCAUGGAUGAUGAGCAUCCUGGAAUCUGUAAUAGCAGAAAUGAAAACUCCAGUAUUUUAUCUCAACAUCACCAAGAUGACAACCUACAGAAAAGACGGGCAUCCUUCAAUUCAUCGACCACCAGAGAUCCUGAGGACCCCUUACAUGUUCCAAGAUUGCAGCCACUGGUGCCUCCCAGGUGUUCCAGACUCCUAGAAUGAACUUCUCUAUGCCAUCCUGCUAAUAUCAGUUGUUCUUUCCGUGUGUUCAUCAAACUCCUGUUUGAAAAAAAAAAAACCAGUGUCAAUCUUUGAACUGCCCUUUUUACUAUCAUACCAAAAUGUUUGUAAAGAAAUUGCAUUGAAGGAGAUUGCAUGUUAUGAGGCUAUCCUGAUUUGGAAUCAACACCCAACGAUUGAAAUUUUGGCAUUUAGAUGUGUUAGGGUCAAGAGAAAAAGUCUGGUGACAGAAACUAUACCAUUCCAUCGAGAUUAUCAGGUUUUGCUAAAGAAAAGGCGGUGUAUAGGAAGAGGUUCACUUCUGGUUCACUGGAGAGUUGAAGAACUAAAUAAGGCUCACGCAGGGGCUCGAUUGGUUGAACUUGAUGGCCAUGAAAACCCUUCCUAUGGCUCAGAGAAAAUGUCUCAUUUGGGUUGGACCCCUGUAAAUAAAGGUUCUAACAUUAGCUUGGAUAUUAAACAGCCUGCCAACAUGGCAGUUCAAUCUUCAUGGAAGGAUAACAAUAAUAGCAAUCAAAUUGACAAGCAGUUCCAAAAAUUGUGA